CGGAGAGGUCGCGUUUUGGAGGGCAGCUGCUCCCCUCCUUCCGCUUUUUCUCUUGCCCCCCCCGUCCCCUCCCCGCUUUCAGGAUUCUUGCCUGCGCUGGCGAGGGAGGGGGGAGGAGGAGGCUCGUGGCUGCAGCUCGGACUCCUGGGUUCCCUAGAAGAAAAGUGGGUGCGCAUGCGUUUGUUUUGGUUUCCACCACCACCACCCCGGGUUGGUGACGCGUGUCUGCACUGUGACCAGUUCCUCCCCCUCUAUCCCACCCCCGAGGAGGAGCCCUGUCCCAGCUGCACCACGGAGGCAGGCAGAAAUCCAACAGGUGCUGCUGGUUCCCACCAUCAGCCCAUUUCCGUGCAGAAGAGAACUUCUCUGCCUGCUCCGUUUCUGCCCCCAAAUGCAUCUGUCAAACGCACAGAGCAACCUUUUCAUCUAAAUAAAAAAGGUGUCAACCAGGCAUAGAUGAUCUGCUCGAAACCCCAGUAUAGCAGGCGAUGAGGACAUGUAGAUAAUAUGGAACAUUCAAGCCAAUUCCAAAUGGCUGGAUGCCCACUACGACCCGGUGGCCAGCCUCUACACAUUUUCCUCUUGCGUCACUGGUGGUGGGCGACCUGGGCCCUACAGGACACGAGAUGAAGCUGAAGGUGUACCAUGGCAUGGACCUCCUGAGCGAGAAUGUCCUGUUGGACUUGCCCACAAGUGUGGCUGCCUUCCUGAUGGAGCGUCAUGAGCUGUGUGUUCCUGCUGUGGGGGUGGCUGCCGGUCCCUACAUCUACGUGUACAAGAACAUGCGCCCCUACUUCCGCUAUGCUCUGCCCCCCUUGGAAGUCAACUCCACAGAGAAGGAUGUCUGGGAGCAGGCAAAGGAGGACAAGGUUGACCUUCUGUCAAUGAAGGAGACACUGGAGAUGAUCCGGGAAAACGCAGACAGAGAAAAUACGGAGCCGCCCUUGUCAGUGCAGUCCUUGAGGUUCCUGGCCCUUGACCCUCCUGAGAUGGAGUCGUUUGUGAACCAGUAUAAAACGCAACCGCUCAAGCGCCAGUCACUGAUUACCUGCAUGACUACCCUGAAGAAGAGUGUGGCAGACGAGGGCUCUAUCAGCUGCCUGGUGCUUGGGACGGAGAACAGCGACAUCAUCAUCUUGGAUCCUGAGCCCUUCAGUAUGCUGGUGCAGACAAAGGUACCAAGCGUGCCGGCCUUCCUGGACGUCACAGGGCAGUACGAUGUGGAAUAUCGGCUCAUUGUGGCCUGCCGUAAUGGGUGCAUCUACAUCCUCCGCAGGAACUCCAAGCGAUACAAAUACUGCAUUGAGCUGAGUUCUCAAGCCGUGGGCUUGUCCUGGGUCCAAAAGAACAUUGUGGUGGCCUGCUCCGACGAGACCCUUCAAAGCUUUACUCAGAAGGGGAAGAAGCUCUGGGUGGUCCCAUUGCCAGCCACCCCCAUCACUUUGAGUCUCAUAGAUGAGAAGUUUCAGAGCUUCUAUGCUGUGGUGGUCGCCUUGGCCAAUAUGGAGGUGCACAUAUACCAGGACAAGAACCUUGUGAACAUCAUUCAAACGCAGGACGUUGUCAGCAGCAUCUGCUUUGGCCGCUACGGGAGGGAAGAUAACACGCUUGUCAUGACCACCAAAGGCGGGGGCCUGAUCAUCAAGAUCCUAAAACGCACCGCCACGUUUGACAAGCGCGACGCGGUUGUUGGAGCCCCCGUCGCCCAGAGCAUCAAGCUCAACGUGCCCAAGAAGACAAAGCUGUAUGUGGACCAGACGCUACGGGAGCGGGAGAGUGGCGUGGCCAUGCACCGGGUGUUUCAGACGGACCUGAGCCGCAUCCGACUCAUGGCAGCCCGUGCCUACGCCCAAGCGCUGCAGUGCAACAUGACGCCCGUCUCCGAGUCGGCGCAGGAGCAGCUGAAGAUGAACGCUGUGGUCCAGGGCAUGGGCCCCACCUUCAAGUUGACCCUUAACCUCCAGAACAUGUCAGAUACCCGUGCAGUCGCCAACCUUCUCAUCAGCUUUCUGUAUGAUGAAAAACUCUAUUCCAUUGAGCAUCCUUUCUUUAAGACUCCCAUGUUGGUUCCAGGAUUGAAUUACCCCCUGGCCACCUUUGUAGAGUGUCUGAGCGAACAAGGGACCUCGGAUAUUAUUAAGGUGUUCGUGUUGCACGAGGGGGAGCCUGAGCCGCUGCUGACGGCUCACAUCAACAUGCCUGUCAGCGAAGGCCUGGCGGCUGUGUGAGCUCGUUUCAAGGUCAAGCAGAGGAGGCGAAAAGGGCCAACCCACCUGUCGUCUUCUCUCUGGGCUGUGUGCCUCAGUCGUAGCAUAGACUUUACCUCCUUCAGUUCUGGGAAGGGCCACCUGGAGAGGAGCACUACCCUAGGAUAGCCAGCGUCAUUUGCGAUGGAGGUAUGCGGAGUUCCUCCUCGCACUGAGGAAGAGCCCACAUCCAGAGGCUGCCACAGGAUUAGCCACAGCUCGUCUUCUGGGCCCAGAAAUGGAGAGGAGGAACAGCAAAUGAAGGCCAGUGGUUCAAGAGUCCAACAAAUUUUAUUUAUUCUUAUGUUUGACUUUGGGGCAUGUAUCUGGGUGAAGGCGUUUGGAGCAUUGGAGAAGGAUGUGCAGAAAAGAUCAGGGGGCUUAAGCACCUCUGCUGUGAUUGGAAGUUAAAACUUGUUGGACUUUUUUUCUUUAGAGGGGAGGGAUAUGGCCAUUGAUUGAUGGGUUGAAUUUAUAUACCGCCCUAUACCCGGAGGUCUCAGGGCUGCUCACAGAACAAAAUCAAAAUAUAAAACCACAAAAUAUAUAAUCAAAGUAAAAACAACACUCCAGUAACCCCUUUUGAGCAUAAGGGGGGGGGGGGGAGAGAUGAAGGCAGAACUCCUGUGAGGCUGUUUCCAGGUCUGAAUGAGUCCUCAGUGGGCUCUCCUUCUUCCCCAGAGCUCCUUUCUCCUGCCUAUGGCUAUUCCUGGCUAGAGCAAUAGAUGGUAUCAAGCCACCAUUUAAGAUUUUGGACAGUGCCCUCACAAUGCCCGAUGCUUCCACUGUUCUGGAGCAUAGUGGGAAAUUUAAUUCCGCUCAAACAGAAAUGUAAGUCUACCCAAUACACAGUGAUGCACAGUGUGGAGGGAGUAGAUGGGGAGAAGUUUUUCUCCCUCUCAUAAUGCUGUAACAUGGGGUUAUCCAGCGAAGCUGAAGGGGAGAGCGAGAGGCCAGACAACAAGAAGUCCUUCUUCACCUUAGACCUAUCUUUUGGGCUCUGGGGUGCUGCAGACAAGGAGCAAACGCACUCGAGGUCUGAACCAAAGUUUGGUUUCAGGAAGCCACAGUCAUCUGCCAUAAAAUUUUGAAAUAAGCUGAAAUACCGUGACAGCCCCUGCAUUUGCUGAGUAGUUUUGAUUUCUGAAAACCUUUUUUUUUGUUCUUUGCCAGUUAUUAUUAUCAUGAUCAUCACUCUACCUCUUGGGUUUAGCUGAAUUUGGACCAGGAGCAGGUUCCCUCCUGCAAAAGCAGGUUCCCUCAUAUGACUUCUGAUAUCUUAUGUAUCCCUGCUGAAAUCCAAGAAAGCCUUUGUGACCUUUUUCGUUGUAUUUUAUUUGAAGUCCUGCGAGUCAGUAUCAAGUCUCAUUAUUUGCUCCACUGAUAUCUAUGGUUGUCUUUUUAUUUGGCAUACUCCCUGUUCCGAGUUACUUGUGUUUUCUGUCGGACUAAACUGGAAUGUAGAAGAUAAGAAUGAAAAAGACACUCCAAAUGGCAUAAAACAUAGGAGAUAGGCAUGAAAGAACAUGAAUACUCUCUAUGUUGGGCUUCUCAAGGCUGAGGCUGGUGAUUUCUGCUCUAGAUAACGCCACAGCUGGUGACUAUUAUCCUUCUUUAUAAAAUAAACACUAACACGAGAAUUUAAUUCUCAGGUUGUCUGGGGCAGGUCAUGAAGUGGAAGAGAUUGCUUUGAAUCAAUGCAUAGUUCACAACAAAGCUUCUGUAGAUUUAGAUAGAAUUUUGAAUAUAUUUGGUCUGUCUCCAGAUUUCACUUGCCUUUUGUUUUUCCAAUUCUGUUAUUCUGUGAUCAUAUUGUGGUUUGUUGUACCAUCUCAUACAACACUGUUGAGAUCAUAAACUUUGGGUCGUUC